UAACUUGGGAUGCGGACCCGACCACUGCAGCCCCAACCGUGUUUGACCACCUAGAAGAGCUCACUUGUGACCAGAUCAAGAGGAACCAAGUCACUGAACUAUUGUGACUUACUACGCCUCGCUGCCCCAUUGCGACCGCGUUUCAGCCCUCUGCCGACCUCUGAGCUCAAUUAGUUCAAGCGAUCCCACACCAUGUGUCGGAUACAGCUUACAAUCGUACUAGUUGCCGUUGUGGGCCUCAUAAACGCCGCCGACACGGUGCCCAAGACCGGACCUGCUGUCCUCGGCGAAUUCACGAAGAUCGGCCUGUCAAACUGUGUUGGGACUCAGCUCGCUGCUGUUCCGGAUACCGACCAGUUCCUUUUCAUGGAGCGCCCCCAGUCCAACCAUCCCGAUGGCAAGAGCUUUAACGCCGGGCUGAUGGACAGCGUGACUGGCGCGUUCACCAACAUCAAGACGCCCUUCAGCAUGGAGAACUGUGGACACUCUUACCUCGAGAACGGCACGGUUGCCAUCCUGGCCGGCCACAAGCCGCAGUCCAGCUACGUAGAGGGCCGCCGCGCGCUGCAGGUGCUUAACCUACAGAGCCGCACCCUAGACAGCGUGGGCUCGCUGCAGUUCGGACACUGGCUUGCAACCGCCACACGCCUGCCUAACGGAAUGAUCACCAUUAUGAGUGACAGCCCCUCCCCUGUGGGCCCCGCGCGCAAGGAUGGCAUCAAGAACCCCUUCUACGAGCUCUGGGACCCGACGAACCCAGCCACCACCAAGGCCUUCCAGCUUGACAACAACUUCCUCUCCAACACCAAGUACUUCUAUUACCCCUUCAACUUUGUCCUUCCCACCGGCGACAUGUUCGUGUGGAGCAACAAGUACGGCCAGAUCAUUAACCCGCUCACGGGCAAGAAGGUGCUGGUGCUGCCCAACUGGAAGGGCAUCCCGCAGGCCAAGGGCAUGUGCACGCAGUACCCCUUCAGCGGCACCGCGGCCAUGCUGCCCCUGCGCGCCACCAACAACUUCACCGAAGUCGAGAUCAUGGUCUUUGGCGGCCAGUGGUCGUACGGCUGGGUGAACACCACCGCUGUGGAUCUGUCCAUGCGUCUCAAGAUCAAGAUUCUGCCCAACGGCACCUACGACGUCGGCCAGUGGCAGGCGGAAACCAUGCCCUCGCCGCGUGUCAGCGGCACCAGUGUGCUCCUGCCCAACGGCAUGGUCCUGCUAAUCAACGGAGCUAAGCGCGGACUCCUCGGCGACGCCGUCGCUGGUGGCGAUGCGAUGCUGAAUGAGCCCAACCUUACGCCCGUGCUGUAUGACCCCCUGGCUUCUGAGGGCAGCCGCUACACCGAGCUCGCACGCGGCAGCAUCCCCCGCCUGCUGCACUCUGCCGCUGGCCUCACGCUGAACGGCACUGCCAUUCUUGCCGGUGGCGACCGCUCCUCACGCUACUGGAUGCCUGCGGAUGAGGCCUACAGCCCCAGCUCCACCGGCUUUGCGGAGUACCGUGUUGAGCUGUUUGCCCCGCCUCAGGUGUUUGACACACAGAACCGCCCCGCCAUCAUGGCCUGCCCAUUCAGCAUUGGAUUUAGUGACGUGACGUCGAUUGCCUACCUCAUCCCGAAUACCACGGCCCGCGUGACCUCGGUGGUGCUGAUCGCUCCCAGCAGCGACACGCACACCUUCAACAUGCACCAGCGCAUCGUGGAGCUCGAGAUUCUGGAUUCUGACAACGACAACAACCAUGUGGGUGUGGAUGGCGACCGCUCCGUGACCGUGCGCGGCCCGCCCAACGCCAACGUGGCGCCGCCCGGCCCCUACAUGAUCUUCCUCCUUAGCGGCCGCACCUGGGGCCCCGCCCAGUGGAUCAACGUGGUUCGGAGCUAGAAGCGGUUCGUUGCGCCGCGUCCUGGAUCACAAUGACUGCUACAUAGCUGUGGGUACCUGCCGGUACCUAUGUCCAAGGCCGCUUGGUAGCCAUUAAAGGAGUACAGGAAUUCAUGCUGCGCUACACAAGAGCGAGAGUCUAUGAUGGCUGGGCUGGGCUCUGAUGGAGCUUAGUUAUCGAUCGCAUAACGCUGUGUGUGAAUGUAGCUUUGCGGGGCUUUGAGUUGCGGAAUAACGCAUCACUGCAAGGGAACUGGUUUUGAUUAUGGCACGGGGACAUGAUAUCAUAGUGAUUGAUCUGUCUAAAAAGAGGAUGCAUGCACGUGCAUGCAUCACCGUACACGUCGCCGGCGAUAUCCCGUGCAUCGUUCCGGGUGCUGUGGUUCAUGGCAUAGGCAUGAAUGGAGCCUGCAAUGAGGCAGGUUUGGGGCAGCUGCCGUGUGGAUGCGUGCUUAAAGCUAUAGGCCUCCACAUUCUUCCAUUAUUGAUUCUUUUCUUGGCUGGCUGGCUUGCACUUUGCCGCACAUACGUGCAUGUGUGCAGCCACAUGAUGCGUGCCAAGGCCCUGCAUCUAUCCCCGCUGUGCAAGCAGGCAAGAUAGCUUGCCCAUGGUGCUAGAGAGAUGUAGGUGUAAGUAUUAAUGGGGGUGAAGCUGCUUAGGGACGACACACGGUACAUAUGUACACUUGCAGACAUUGUAUUCGUGGGGACGUCCACAAAAUUUGAGCUGACCAGAACACUAGCGGUCAAGACUGUCUUACUAGACUUUGGUAGGUGGUGAAGACACAAGCUCGAUUGAGCCUUUGAGGAGCGAGGUUGCUAGUGUGGAACGGGGCCACCCUGGUGUGGAAUGCGGGCGCCGCAAGCAACGUGCAAAACCACAAGUCACUGCGUGUCCCACAGGCCGGCGACAAAUCAGGGUGGACCGUAUCCGCCAGCAUCGUUGGUAUUGUAAAUUUGGGAACCA